AUGGAUGUUUUUCAGAAAUGGAGGGGUAGUUGGUGUUUUCCCACUACGCUGUUGUGUUUUUAUGGAUUUUUCAGCUCGGUGAAGCCUAUAGAGCCAUUUCUCACCAGUUACAUGACUGGACCUGAUAAAAACCUCACCAUUGAGCAGGUAACCAAUCAGAUUUUUCCAGUGUGGACAUACUCAUACCUGGCUGUGCUACUUCCUGUGUUCCUACUCACAGACUGGCUGCGCUACAAACCUGUGAUUAUGGUCCAGUGCUGCGCCCUAUUCUUAACCACGGCAAUGUUGCUAUGGUUACAGAGUGUGGGGUCGAUGCAAGCAAUGCAGUUCACUUACAGUGUGGUGACAGCAUGUGAGGUGGCAUAUUUCUCCUACAUUUACAGCUUGGUUGAUUUGCAGUUUUACCUCAAAGCCACAUCCUUCUGUCGCGCUGCUCAGCUCAUCGGCUACACUGUUGGUUCUGUCGCUGGACAAAUCCUGUUAUCACUCAAAAUAAUGUCAUACUACUACAUACUGGUGUCCACGUUAGUGCUCAUCUCCAUUUCCUUCAUUGCUGCACUCCUCCUCCCAAUGCCCAGCACCAGCAUGUUCUUCCACCAGAGUAAAAGGGGUCAGAAAGAAGGAGAUUUGAAUCAGGUGGAAGACUGCAGUGAGAAAGGAAAGACAGUAGAAACAGGAAAAGUUGAAACAAGCUGUAACAAUCACAGGGUAGAGUUUAUCGAGAAUAACCAGCAGGACUCACAGGUAGCUCAGGAGGAGAUUCUGGAAGAGUCUGGAGCAGAUGCAGAAAAAACAGGUUGUAGUGAAACUAUGAUGCAACUCUGGUUGGAUUUCCGAUGUUGCUUCUCCUCCACUGAAAUGCUGAUCUGGUCCGUGUGGUGGGCAAUGGCAACCUGUGGCUACAAUCAGACUGUGAACUAUGUUCAAGCGCUGUGGGAAACUGUGGAGCCAAGCAAGAAUGACACGCUCUAUAACGGAGGAGUAGAGGCUGUUUCCAACCUGUUUGGUGCAGCUUCAGCAUACGGCGUUGGGUUUAGCCGUGUUAAUUGGUCUCACUGGGGUGAACUGGCUCUAGGUUCUCUCUCCGCCCUCAGCAGUGCAGCACUGUAUAUCAUGGUCUUCAUUUCCAACAUCUGGAUCUGUUAUGGUGGCUACAUUGUCUUUAAAAGCCUCUAUAUGCUGCUCAUUACCAUCGCCAUGUUCCAGAUUGCUGCUGGUUUGUCUGUAGAGCGCUAUGCACUUGUUUUUGGAGUCAACACCUUUACUGCACUUGUUCUGCAGACGAUCCUCACAUUCAUCGUUGUGGACAGCAGGGGACUCGGCCUGGAUGUCAUCACACAGUUUAUUAUUUAUGGCUCAUAUUUCUGCCUUAUUGCUGUGAUCUUCUUCGCAAGAGGUGCAUACACACUGUACCUGCAGAGGGCAACACAGAGAGCAAUAGAGGCAGAUACACACAGUGAUGGAGAACAAGCAUGCACGUAUUCAGUGAAACUCUGA